AGCAGGAGCGGUAGCACCAGGAGCGGUAGCACCGGCGGCAGUGGCGCGUGCGGCGGACGCGGCGUGCGGGCAUGGGGUCGCGGGCUGCUGUCGCCUCCCCGCGCUGAGGGACGCGCCCGCCGGCGGGGCCAAGCGGAUCCGAGCCUAGCGCGGUGGCGAGCAUAGCCGUGGGAGCCGGCCUCUGCUCGUGGCAGCCUGCUGUCACCUUCCCUUCUGGCAAUGGGGAAUGGACUCUCGGACCAGACGCCGAUCCUCUCCAGCCUGCCUUCUUUCCAGAGUUUCCACAUUGUCAUCUUGGGAUUGGACUCCGCUGGAAAGACGACCGUGCUCUACAGACUGCAGUUCAAUGAGUUCGUCAACACUGUCCCCACUAAAGGAUUUAAUACGGAGAAAAUCAAAGUGACGCUGGGCAACUCGAAAACGGUCACUUUCCACUUCUGGGAUGUAGGCGGCCAGGAGAAGCUGAGGCCGCUGUGGAAGUCGUACACAAGGUGCACCGAUGGCAUUGUGUUUGUGGUGGACUCUGUCGAUGUUGAGAGAAUGGAGGAGGCCAAAACAGAACUUCAUAAGAUUACUAGGAUAUCUGAAAAUCAAGGAGUGCCUGUCCUUAUCAUUGCUAACAAGCAGGACUUGAGGAACUCUCUCUCCCUUUCUGAAAUUGAGAAAAUGUUAGCAAUGAGUGAGCUGAGUUCUUCAACUCCCUGGCAUUUGCAGCCUACCUGUGCAAUCAUUGGAGAUGGACUCAAAGAGGGACUGGAGAAACUACAUGAUAUGAUAAUUAAGCGAAGGAAAAUGUUGAGGCAGCAGAAAAAGAAGAGAUGAGUUCUAUUUUGACCUUUCUAUUUUAGAGUAGUUACAUGGUCAAAAUUUGACAUAAGACAGCUUCCAAACCCAGGCCUGCUUGUUUGGAUGCCGUUAAGCUUAGUUACGUUAAACAAUCAGUUGCACAACCUUGCCGUGUGGAAGGCUGUGCAGUUAUGGAACUUUUUUUUUUUUUACUAGUCUCUUCUGAGUUUUAUGGCUCUGCAUUAUUUCAGAAGCCCUAAUAGAUGAUGUAAUACUAUCAGGAAAUGGAUGGGUGGGUAAAUGUGACAUGGAUGUCUAAAUAGCCAAAUAAGAUGAGGGUUUUCUGCUUAGUGUUGUAUUCAUAUGUUUGAGGGUGCCCUCUGCAAGCAAUUUGCAUUGAAGGUGUUCUGUGUUUUUAAACUUCUAAUGCUCGUAAGUGGAGUGUUUAGGUGAACAUUAUACAGCUUUAAAAACAUGUAUGAAGCUAGUAACCCAUUAUUUCGAGAGGCUGUUUUUUACCUUGUUUGGGGAUUUCUAUGAAAGCUUGGCUACAUGUGUAGUUUUUCUUUAAUUUGGCACUUUUUGAAAUUGAAUCAUGUUCAGUUCAAAUACUUGAAAUUUAAGUGCUGUGGAUUCUUCAACUGAUAAAAAAAAGACUUUUUGACAAGUAAAAAAUGUAAACAACACGUUGGAGCAUGAAAAAGUGGUUUCCCAACAUAUAGCAUGUUUUUGGUAUGUAAGGUUUUUAUUUUUUAGAAGUAGCCAUUCAUCAUUAUACACUGCUAAUCAGGUUUAAACUGUUACUCAAAAUUAGUAAUUUAUUUCUGAAUGAUGAGUAUUAUGUCCUCCUACUAUCAAGUUAAAAGUAAAUUAAUUGCAGUAAAGGAGCUAUAAAGAACAACUCUGGCUGUUGUGGUUCUAACCAGUGCAGCAUUCUUUGCUCUACUGGUGACUUUUCUGGCAAUAAAACAGAAUUAUAAUGAAGUAAAGACGGAGUUAAAAUUAGCAGAGCACAUCUUGUAUCUCCCCAAAAUACCCCAUUUUAUUAAAGUGGUAUUGCUAUGUCA